UGAACAAUCAUACAUUGGAGUCGAAGUCCAGACAAAAUCCUCACAUCAUCGCCCUGGAAUUCUCUCUAUUCCGGCAUUUUGCCAACACUCGCAAUACCACCUCUCUCUCUCUCUCUCUUCCCAAUUUUAUGGACUUCUCUCUGUCUCCUCUGCCUGUCUCUCUCUCUUCAAUACUUCAUUUUCAUCUAAGCAAACAUCCCAUGAAUAUAGAAACCAAAGAAGGAAAAACCCAUUGAAAACCUCUUCCAUCAGACAUCGUUUUCACGUUGGCCAAUCGGUGGCGUAAUUUUAGUACCAAAACAGAAGUGUGAAACGAUUGAGUUUGUUUCUUAAACGUCUUCGAUUCUUCAUAAAUUUCUCCUUAAAUCACACCUAUAUAUAUAUAUAUAUAUAUAUAUAUAUAUAUUCCAUAAGCUCACGUGCUAACAUCGAGCAAUCUCCAGCCUUGCCUUUACUUUUCUCUUUUCUCUCUCACAAUGUUCCCUGUUGCUCCCACUCUUUCCCUAGAAAAUCAGCCGGAAAAUCACUAUUUGAGUGAGAACUUUCCUGUUUGGGAUUUAAACUCUUGACCAAAUCUUUAUACUCAGCAAAUCUUCAGACGGUAAGCAACAGACCCACCUCAACCUUUGUGGGUUUUUAUGAUUUGGGUGAAAUUUAUUUUCCAAAAAAGAAAUUUGUUUUGAUUGAUUUUCCUAUUUGGUUAGAACUAAAAGUGAACUAAACCCCCCAUAGUUGAAGUGAUACUAAUCUCUGUGAUACUGAAACAUCUUUCUGGUGUUGAAGAAACCCUUGUAAGCAAGUGACACCCUUCUCAGAUAUCAGUUCAUCAAUAGUAGAAACAGAGUGUUUGUCUUUGGGAAUUCCAUACUCAAGUGAAUCUGCGAAGAAAAGGUCAUUGUUGGGUUUGGAAUUCCUGAAUAGGCAACACCCAGAUUGAACUGGAUUGAAAAUUGAGGUAAAUAUGCAAUCAAGGGUGGUGACAUUGGAGGAGGGUGGCAAGGACCCUGCUACUUUUCUUAGAACAAACCAAUCUAGGGUUUUGCCAGUACGAAUCCUUCAGUUUCUCUUGCUGUUUUUGGGUGUGGGGAUUGUGUUUUCAUUUUUUAGUAUGUAUAUGAUCCGGUAUUUCGGAGUACAGAAUGCUAUAACAUUAGUACAGUCCAGAGUCCAUCCAUGUUUUGAAGAGCCAAAUAUCUUGGAAAGGUGGAUUAGGCCUCCAUCAAAUCUAUUGCAUACUAUGAAUGACACCCAGCUGUUUUGGCGGGCUUCGUUUAUUCCUCGAAUCAAAGACUACCCAUUUAAGAGAACUCCCAAAAUUGCCUUCAUGUUUUUGUCUAGGGGACCAUUGCCACUGGCACCUCUUUGGGAGAGGUUCUUCAAGGGGCAUGAGGGUCUUUAUUCGAUCUAUGUUCAUUCGCUGCCAUCUUAUAAUGCAAGCUACGGACCUUCGUCGGUUUUUUAUAGGAGGCAAAUCCCAAGUCAGGUGGCAGAGUGGGGAAUGAUGAGUAUGUGUGAUGCUGAGAGAAGACUCCUAGCUAAUGCGUUGCUUGAUAUCUCCAAUGAAUGGUUCAUUCUCCUGUCUGAGGCUUGCAUUCCUCUUCAGAACUUUAGUAUUGUUUAUCGUUACAUAUCGAGAUCCCGAUACAGCUUUUUGGGUGCAUUUGAUGAAAAUGGACCUAACGGAAGAGGACGCUAUAACGGUAACAUGGCACCUGUGGUCAACAUCACCAACUGGCGUAAAGGGUCCCAAUGGUUUGAAGUUAAUCGUAAACUGGCUGUUGACAUCGUUGAAGACAACGUUUUCUACCCCAAGUUUCAAAAGUUCUGCCGGCCAUCUUGUUACGUGGACGAACACUAUUUCCCAACCAUGCUGAGCAUCUUAUUUCCUCAACUCUUGGCAAACAGGACCCUCACUUGGGUAGACUGGUCUAGGGGUGGUGCUCACCCUGCUACAUUUGGGAAGGCUGACAUUACAAAGCAAUUUUUCAAGAAAAUUCUUGAAGGCGAAACAUGCAUGUACAAUAACCAACCAUCGUCAGUUUGCUAUCUUUUUGCGAGGAAGUUCGCUCCAAGUGCUUUGGGUCCACUAUUAGAAUUGGCAUCAGAAGUUUUCGGUUUUUGAUGGGAGAUCACCUACUGAUUUACAUUGUCUUGAAUAGUGUCUAGGGAAGAAUGAGUUUGGUUAUGAAGCAAUCGUCUUCUAGGUAUGUUAAUCUGGUUGUUCUUGUGCUUAAUUCUUCAUAUACUUGAGCAUAUUAGGUUGCCUUGGUUCAGCAUCUUAGACAGGUUAUAGGUUCACACUUUUUGAGUCUUGAAUAGAAUAGUAUUCUAUCUUAUUAAAUGAAACUUCUCCAUCACCCUUAUUUGAGCUCAUCUCUCUCUCUCACUAUCUCUCUCAUCUGGAUUUUAGUUUUUAUUAAUUCUAUUUAAUUUCGGGUAUAUUUCGCGGUUCACCUUAGUUCAAUGAACAGUGGAAACAUGAAGUAUUAAGCCACUUCAUUUUUUUUUUUUUU